AUGUCCCAACCUUCCCAAGGAGCAAUCACCUUUCACGGCUGGAAGUUGACUCCCCCCCAGAUCGAGAUCCUCGAGGGCCUCCGAGAGCGAUACUUACUUGCCCUUCACGAACCUCACAAAGUCCAGAAGGUCGCGAAGGCUGGAGUUCAGAGGGAGGCUGUAGCCUCCAUUCGUUCCUUGCACGAGACGGCAAACGGCAAGGCAUUGUCCACCAACGAGAAGAUUGCACUCACCAGGGCUGUCGAGAAAUGGUUCGCCUUGUAUUGCAAGAAGCGGAAGGCGAAGGAGAAGGCCGGGACGCGAGACUGGAGUGUGCGAGACGUCUUCGUUCGUGAGACCCCCUCUGAGGAGAUACAAGAGAAGCAGAUGGAAUUAUGGGAGGAGGGAAAGGAACGCGGACACAACAAACGACCCUUCGACUACUACCAACGGGCUGUGACAGCUUUCUUCAAUGAACUGUCAGACACGGAGAUAGUGGAGUUGGAGCAGAAGGCUAUCUUGUGGUCGAAUUUGGGGCCUCCGGCCGAUGUUCGACUAGAGAGAGCAGAGGGAAUGUACCACAAGCGAAAUCACGCACAUGCCCUAGACCUAUACCGGCAGGGGUACAUACGACUUUUCAUCCUGGCUGCUUGGCAAACACCCGACGGACGUGUGUGGACAGCUCCAUUGGACUACAACCACGAAAUGGACGGCGCACCACGGUUUCUGGAUUUGAUGGCACAACAGAUUGAGGAGUCGGGAAUAGAGGAGUUGUUCGGGGAUUAUGCGAAGAUUGUGUACCCAGGGGAUGGAGGUGACCCUAUGCGAGUAUUGAACACCAAGGGCGUCAGGAGGGCAAGACUUGUGGUGCGGCUGAACAAGUAUGGCGAACCGAUUAUGUCGAACCCCGAUAAUCCCCCACCCGGUAUUUCCAGUGUGCGUCAGUGGAGAAUUGACCUUGCUCGGGCCUACUUCUCCCAUUGGUACGGUCGGUGCUCCGGGCAGAUCAAGACGAACCCCACAGUCCCCUGGUCCAAGAUACCCCACACCAGCCUCGAUGACUUCGUGGCCAGCGUUUACAUCCCCAACCAUCUCCGUCAACACUGGAAGGAUCCUUCCAAAAUAGAUGCAGGACCAUUGCUGGAGAUGCUUCAGCACAUUUACGCCCGACAAGUCGCUGGCGAAGACCCGCCCUUCGAGUUUCAUCAAUAUCUCAAGGAUGGACGAUUGAUGGUUAGGAAGCCGAGGAAGGUGAUGGACGCGGUGGAGAUGGAUAUUUUGUUGGGUGGACAUGUCGAGGACGAUGGAAGUGACGAUGGAAAUGACGAUGGAAAGACCGCAGACACAGACGGAAAGGGGAAGGGCAAGAAGUCGAAAGGAAAGGGAAAAGCGAAGGAAUCGAAGGGGAAGGGAAAGGAGAAGGCAAUGGCGAAGGAAGAAAGGGAGGAUCGUAGUCAGGCAGGCCCCAGCAACCCAAAGAAAAGGACAGAGCAUCAAGCAAAUACCAAACCUUCCCCCACAUCCGAAUUCAUCGACAUCACCGUUCCAGAAUCUCCAGAGUCGCCUCCUCAGUCCCCCCUUUCCCGAAAGUCUCGCAGACGUUUGGCUCAGGAGGGAAGGAAGUCCACCAAUCGUCGGGCACACUCGACCCCCGAACCAAGACCAGAUUCGCCAGCCCAAUCCGAAACUUCAGACGCCUCCGUAGUCCCUGGCCCUGAACCAACCCCCUCACUUGUACGAGGACCAUCAGAGCUUCCCAAGCCAUUGCCAGUCUCAUCGGGUAGUGCCUCUGUUUCUUCUGGCCCACGCCGACCGAAACUAGUUCGUGACGUUGGUGACUCGGCAUCAGGGACCUCUGGAACAGCAACACAGGGUUCUCGUAGCCAAGCUCCCGGUGGUACAACAUUCCCAUCGAGCGCUCCUUUAAAACCUCCUGCCAGUGCCAGCCCAAAGCCAGAAGUCCGAUCGGAAAGGCCACGAUUCGCAUUCGGGCAAAGUUCCAUGAUGGAGUUCAACUUCCAAGACCCAAGAUCCAGUCCUACCCCCCUCCCAGCACACCUGGUUCCCGAAAUCCAGGUGGUUGAACAAGUCGAUAUGCGCAGCUACGUGGCUGGUCCCAAAUCAAAGUGGAAAAAGAUUCCCAGAAUUCCGAAAGCGGAUUCCCCGAAAGCUGAAUCCCCGAAAGCUGAAUCCCCGAGUGAUCCGCUCGACUCACCACCCAUUCCCCGACAUAUCUCCAAACCCAAACGUGGUCCAGCGGAGGAAGGAGGUGAACCCGGUCCAAAGCGUCGCCGGGAUGAUGACAUCCCUCUUUCGACUAUCCCAGAAGAGGGCGCCUCGGCAACCACACCUCCAUCGAAGGCCAUGAAACCCCCACCGAAGCCAAAACCCCGCAAGUUUCAGCAAGCUUCCACAUCUCAGCAACCAGAACAGGAUGCGUUCGACUUGGCCCCCCGUCGAUUGAACUUCAUGUCAUCGGGAUCAACUGGGGCUCGGAGGUCAGUCAAGGUGCCACCAACUCCUAGGAACACAUCCACCCGAUCCUUCGCCCCACCUGCCUCAUCCACAAGAAGUAAAUCCCGGAAAAAGUGA